AUGCCAUUUCCAGGAAGAAAAAAAAAUGUUUGAUUGCAAGAAAUUAAAGAAAACUGAAAUAAAUGAAGACAACUUGUAUGUAGACAAAAUAUGGUUUCAAUGUGAGAAUGAGAAUUGUUUAAAAUGGAGGUUGUUAUCCAGUGAAGAUGCUGCCCAAGUUGAUCGCAAUGAGCCAUGGUUUUGCUUCAUGAACACUGACCCAAACCAUAACACAUGUUCUGCUUCUGAAGAAUGCUUUCCUGAAGAGUCUCAUGUUCUUAAACGUGGAUUUAAAUAUGUCUAUUCACAAUUUCCUAUAGGAAGUCUAGUCUUGGUGAAAUUGUACAGUUGGCCAAGUUGGCCAGGCAUACUUUGUCUUGAUCCUUUAAUCGGGAAAUAUGUGACCUGUGAUCUGGAUGGAAAUGUUGAACAUUAUCAUGUAGAAUUCCUAGGUAAUCCCCAUUCAAGAAAAUGGAUAAAAGCGAACAGUGUUGGUCAUUAUAGUAUCACAUUAAAGCCAGAAAAAUGCAAAUUUGAUAAAAGAUGGUAUGAAAGUGCUCUACAAGAAGCGUACCUAUUAUAUGCAUUUUCUCAUGAGCAAAGACUGGAGAUGUGUCUUCUAUCAAAAAAAGGGAUGCCUUUAGUGGACAAACCUGAAGCAAAUAUUAAAGCUGCCAUAAAAGCCAACAAAAGACUUUGUCCACCUGCUGCUGCUACUCAUUCUUUUUGGGUUCUGGAGCCGCACAAGCCACAAAUGCACAGAAAAUCACAAAUUCCUAUGAUACUUCUAGGGGAAAAAGAGCCCGAGAAGCCACUGUCAUCUCCAGUGAUCACCUUCCGGUGGCAUUUACUGUUACUGCUACCUCUUAGCUACUGUGUAGGAGAUGGAGGAUCACAAGGUGGGCUGGGUGUGCAGGCCUCUCUGGCCUCUGCACAAGAUGUUUUGCUUCUUGGGAAUACUUGGAAGUCCUUUAUUUCGUUAAAUGUGAAUUUCCCCCUGCGGGAUUAUAACCAGUUUUGCUGGGUACAUCAUUAUUGGUUUUAUCGUAGCUCCUUUGCCAUCCAGAAUAUCAUGUUUCAAGCACCCUGCUCCUUUAUUAUGAUGAAAACCUCCAAAAAUGAUAAUAAAAACAAAAAGUGCAGUUUUAGAAAAAAUAAAAGGAAAGGAUUCUUCAAAUAUUCUUUUGAAAUAGUCUGCUCAGAUGAUGCCUUAUUAAAGGAAAACAUAGUUGUUUCUGAGACAGAGGACAUAUUAAAAGAUCUGGAACAAAUGCUACAGGAAGCAGGAGAGCCCGAGAAGACCUUAGGAGAGUCAGAUGCCCGUGGAGAUGAAAUGCGUGCAGAAGGCAAGUGUGAGGCAACCUCUUUGGGUCUCCAUUUCCUCAUCUGUAAAAUGAAGUUAGAAGUGGAACUGAGAGAAGAAAGGAGUGAGCGUGGCUGCCCCAGGCACUUCCUCAAAAUGGAAUAUCUCGGAGGAACUCACCUGUCAGGGAAGAGGGCGUCAAGGCUGGAGGCAUUUUUCAAGAGUGAGAAGGCUGCCUGCCACAUCAAGAUCAUUGUAUCUCUGUGCAACACAGAAACUUCAGAAGAAAUCCUUUGUGAAAACCAGUGUGAAGAAGAUUGUCUUAUAAUUGAUGGAGUGCCCUUCAGAACUGGAGAAUGUAUUGAGAGUAUAACUGACAAGUUUAAAGAAAUAGAUGCUUUGAUGUCUGAGUUUUAGACCAGCAUGUAAAUGACUAAAAAUUAUCUAUUCAUGUGGCUAUCAUUUUCAUAUGACUAAAGUAUUUAAAAUAUAAGGUCCAAGAGGUAAAAGCAAUACAGAAAUGAUACAUUUAUUUAUUUAAAAUUUAUUACUUGACUAUGGCAAUCAAAUGAUGUCCAUGUGAAUACUUAAGACGAAAGUGAAUAAAAAAUUUAACUCUU